AUGGCACAUGGACAAUUAGCUAAACUAUUGGAUAAUAACAAACUUAAGGAACCCAACUAUGUUGACUGGUACCAUAACCUUAAUCUGGUUUUGACGUUUGAGAAAUUGGACAAGGUUGCCAAGAACCCUACUCCGAAACGUCCAGAAGACAAGGAUUCUGAAGCAUAUAAUGCUAUCCAGAGGCAAUUCGAUAAGAUCGAAAUUUGUAAAGACAUUCUGGAUAGUCUAAAGACUAUGUAUGAGGAGCAGAAUCAUUCAAACUGUCAGAAUGUCCUCAAGCUGUUGAUGACCAUACAGAUGAACGAGAGCCAGCAUGUCCAUGACCACACCAUGUAG